AAUUUCACUAAGGGCUAAGGGGUUUCACUGUGAAGGAGAAGGAGAAGAGAAAGAUUGAGAAUGGCAUUAUCUUCAUCAAGUACGACGCUAAUCCCUUCUCUUGCUACUUCUUCUUCAUUCUCUUCUAAACCAACAGCACCAACCAAGCUCUUUGCUUCUUCUUCUUCUUCUUUGUCUGUAUUCUCCAAUUCUGUUAAUGUUGCCUUUAGCUCCCUAAAGCUAUCACUCUCAACAACCAGGGUUUUUGCUGCUCCUGAGACUUUGGAUUCUGAAGACACUCUAGACCCACCUCCUGAAACCCUUGAUGAACCUGAUUCUGAUACUUUUCAGAUUGGAGAUUCUGAGAUACCAACUUCUCCAUCACUCAGCAUUGGAGCAGAUGCGGAUAAGAUGGCUCCAAAGCAGAAAAUUAGAAUUAAGCUAAGGUCUUACUGGGUGCCCCUGAUUGAGGACUCCUGCAAGCAGAUAAUGGAUGCUGCUAGGACUACCAAUGCAAAGACCAUGGGUCCUGUACCAUUACCAACAAAGAAGCGAAUCUACUGUGUUUUAAAAUCCCCCCAUGUGCACAAGGAUGCUAGAUUUCAUUUUGAGAUCAGAACCCACCAACGCCUAAUUGAUAUUCUCUACCCAACUGCUCAGACAAUUGAUUCAUUGAUGCAACUCGACCUUCCUGCUGGGGUUGAUGUGGAGGUUAAGCUCUGAAGAAGCAAAGACUAAGGUGUCCUGUAAGAAAAGCAAGUGUGAGGAAAACUCAUGUUCAAUUCAAGCUUGGGGAAGGUUUGCUUGGACAAGUAAAAAUUGUUGUACCUGUCCUGCAAAAUUUUUUGGUUGGAGAAUUGUAAGCAAUGUUCUAUGUGAAAUUUCACUAAUGCUGAUCGGACGUUAGAAGUGAAAAAUAGGAAUGUAGAGCUUCUUUUUGGACGUUUGUUAUGUUCGAUUAGUAGCUACAUGGAUGUAAACUCUUGGGAAAUGAAAUUCAUAAAUUAAGUCUUUCUGUUAAAGUUUAUAA